AUGGCUGCUAGAUGCGUGGAGUGCAUCAAGGUCCCGCCUGGAGGCAAACCAGAGGUGCGGGAUCGAAUCCUGCUGCCAGCGUUAAUUGUCUCCUUGUCCUCCACGCUUGUUCUCCCCCCUGCUCUUACUCCCCCACGUGCUCCUUAUGCACUGGGUGUUCACAUAGGACUAUGUGUACGGAGGGACAGAAGGGCAGUGUCACAUUCUAUCCGUCAUGCAUCCGCCCCCCAUCUCCCCCACCAGGUGCAUGUCUCGCCAGACUGGGUGUUCACAUACGACUAUGUGUACGGAGGGACGGGCCCGCCCAUGUCGCAGCUCUUUGCCGACUGCAUCAUGCCCCUCGUGCACGGGCUAUUUGAUGGUUACAACGCCACCGUUUUUGCAUACGGGCAGACCGGGUCAGGCAAGACGUACACCAUGGCCACGGCUCUCCAGAGCACGGCUGCUGCUCGAAGCAAGACGUACACCAUGGGCACAGCUCUUCAGAGCACGGCUGCUGCUGCUGAGACAGACAGCAGCGGUGCAGCUACCAGCACCAGUGGUGGUGGUGCCAGCACUGGCAAGGACGAGAGUCUGAAUAGCAGCGACAGUAUGAGUGGCAGCCCCAACAAGUUCAAUAGCAGCACUGGGAGCAGUGGGAGCAGUGGCAGCGGCAGCGGUGAGAGGAGGGAGGGGAGGAGCACCACAAGUGGCAGUGCAUUGGGGGCUGUGAGUCCAGCGUCGGUGGAGAAGGAAGGAGGGGUGGCGAGGCGGGUGGUGAACUCCCUCUUCCAACAUGUAGAGGACCUCGCCCACUGCUCUCGCUUCCAGAUCCGAGUCUCUCUCAUAGAGAUCCACAAGGACGAUAUACACGACCUUCUAGAGUUCCUCGCUGCUCCCUUCCCCACCUCCACCCCCUCCUCCGCCUCGCCCGCCACCGUCGCUGCCCUUGCUGCUGCCGCUGCUGCGGCCCGAGCCUCCCCUUCAGGACCGGCGCCCCUAGGCCCGGCGCCGCCGCCUCGGCAGACUGUGGCGAUCCGGGAGCUGCCGGGAGGGGUGUCCCUCACAGGGGUUACAGAGCAGGUGGUUACCACACGGGACGAGGCUAUAGCGUGCUUGGAGCAUGGGCUGCUGUUCCGGGCGACAGGCAGUCACAACCUGAACCAGCGGUCCAGUCGUUCCCACGCCAUAUUCACAAUAUUCGUGGAUCAGUUCAGGCGACGAGCAGUCCCACUGGAUCCCACCUCUCGUCUCUCCACCAGCAUGACAACCGCCACGAGUACUUACCUAAGCGCCAGCACCAGUGGCACUUCCAGCAGCAGUGGGAGAGCUUCGCUUGAAAGCGGAGAUGGGGCGGGGAAAGCCGAUGGGAUGGCGCUGUUCGGGCAGGACGAAAAUGCUUUGUUUGGGGUCGGGCGGAUGGAUGAGGAGCAUCUGUGUGCGAAAAUGCAUCUGGUGGACUUGGCGGGCAGCGAACGAAUCAAACGCACCAAGGCAGAGGGUGCUCGGCUGAAGGAAGGCAUUCACAUCAACAGGGGUCUCCUGGCCUUAGGCAACGUGAUCAGUGCGCUCAGCAGCGAUGAGAAGAGGAGGAAGGAUGCAGGGGGGGGAGGAGGUGCAGGGUUUACAGCAGCGUUGAUCCCGGACUCCCUCGGAGGCAACAGUCGCACUGUCAUGAUAGCCUGCGUGAGCCCCACGGAUUCAAACGUAGAGGAGAGUCUCAACACCCUUCGCUAUGCCAACCGUGCGCGCAACAUCUGCAACCGACCCACGGUGAACCGGCUGGGCACGGUGGAUGCAGAGGAGGUGCGGCGGCUGAGGCACCACGUUUCGCUGCUGCAGGCUGAACUAGCUAGAGUGCCGCCCCCUCUGCCCAUCACAGCAGAGGAGUUGCAGGUGGGUUGUGAGAGGGGCCUAAGCUGUCAAGUUGCAGAGAGGACAGGUGGGCUGAGAGGACAGAAUCUGGCAUCUCUCGAGGAGGCCAACACGCAGUUAAAGGCGUCACUAGAAAGCACCCAGUUAGACCUGCAGUCGACCCAGCAGGCCCUUGACGCAACAAAGCUAUCCUUGGAAUCCGAGAGGCAACGGGCGGAUGAAAGCGAGGCGGCGUGCGCUGCUCUGCGUGCUGACUGUGCGGCGCUGCGCGCUGACCUGGACAGCGCCACGUCGGAGAUCGCGCGGCUGAGCGCUGAGCUGGCAGCGGCAAAGGAGGAGUCAGCAAAAGCAAAGGAGCAAGUGAAUGCUUUGAGAAAGUCCCAUGAGAAAACCGGCCGUGGGUAUGGAGCUGGUGGCGCUGCUGCUGGUGCUGGUGCUGGUGCUGGUGCUGGGGCUGGUGCUGGUGCUGGUGCUGGUAGCUUUGGCAGCAGUGGUGUUAGAAGGCAGUCGGGCGGAGGUGGGGGAACAGCAGCCUUUGGAGCGGCACGAACGGACGAGAUCAAGCGAGUGAAGAGAGAGGCAGAUAGGGCCGUGGCUGAGGCGACUAAGAGGGCAGAGAGGGAGAGUAAGAAGGCGGAAGAGGCUAUUGCUCGAGCUAGGAAGGCUUUGGAGAGAGCAGUAGAGGCAGAGAAGCGAGCACCUGAGGCAGAGAGACGGGCGGCAGAAGCAGAGAGGAGAGUAGCGGAAGCUGAGAAGAAAGCAGCAGGGGCAGAGAGACGGGCAGCAGAGGCGGAGGAGAAAAGGGAGAGCGAGAUGCGACGGGCAGAUGGUAGUGUUGAGCGCUUGGGUUUGGCAGAGGUUCGGACUGCUGAGGCUGAGGCGGAGAUUCGGGCGCUUCGCUCGGAGCUAGCCUCGGCGGCUGCUGAGGCAAUGGCGGCUGCUGUGGCCCGGCAAGCCUCGGAGCAGGAGCAGGUGAGGGUGGUUCGGAUGCAGAUUGCCGAGGCUGAGCAGGAGGCUCGGACGAGUAUUGCAGAGAUGGAAAAGAGGUUCGGGAAGGAGCGGGAAGAGUAUGAGAGGCGGAUUGAAGCUGAGAGGCAGCAGUGGGAGAAGGAGAAGAGCUCGUGGGAGGAGGAAGGGAGGGCGAGGGAUAGACGGGUGGCGCAUGAACGUUAUAGCUGGAAUCAAGAGUUGACAGCAGAAGUGGAAAAACGGGAGAGGAACUGGGCAGGGGAACGGGAGAUGUGGGAGAGGAGUCUUAGAGAGGAAGGGGAGGUUUGGGAAGGAAGGCUGAAAGAGGUACGGGACGCAUGGGAAGCAAAACUAAAAGAGGAAGCGGAGGCAUGGGAGAAAAAGCUCGCAGCAGCUGAAGAGAAAGCAGAGAAAGCAGCAGGGGUUGCGGAGAGAAUCAGGGCGGAGGUUGAAAGGGCGGAGGAGCAGGCAGUGGCAGGCAUGCUGCAGGAAAAGAGGCUUGCAGAAGAGAGAGCUUUUGCUGCUGAACGGGCCUUGGCAGGGGAGAAAGCGAUGCUGGAAAGGAGAAUGGCGGAUCUGAGGGCUGAGGUGAGAAAGGCAGCAAAGGAGGAAGAGGCGGAGUGGCUGGGGUUGGUGACUUCUGAAGCUGAGCGGUUGAGUGAGGAGUGUAAUGCGUUGAAGGGCGAGUGUGGGGAGUUGAGGAGGGAGUGUGAGGGGUUGAGGAGGAAGGAGAGGGAGGAGAGGGAGAGGAGGGAGCGGGAGGAGGCGAGGGCUGUGAGAGCCGAGGCUGCUGCUGCCGAAGCUGAGGCUCGCGUGGCUCGGGAGGUGGAGAGCGUGCAAGAGCAGGCUCGGGAAAAGGCUCGGAAAGAGGCAGAGAAAAUGGAGAGUGAGUUAGCGGAGGUUUGGGCGCAAGCAGAGGUGGAAGCAAAGAAGGCAGAAGAUGCAACGGAGAGGGUGAAAGAAGCAGAGGAGCAGGUGGUUAUACUGAAGGUAAAGAUUGAAGGGUUAAGGGAAGAGUUGAACGAGCUUGAAGCUGUUCUAAAGGAGGAGGAACAGAAGGCGGAGGAAGCAGAGAAGCUGCUGGUUCGGGCCCGAGCCAAGCUUGCCGAAGCUGAGGCUCGGGCCGAAGCUGCUGAGGGCAGAGUGGAGGAGUUAGACGGGGAGGUGGAGAGGGCGAGAGAAGCAGAAGAGGUGGUUCGGAUGGAGUGUGAAGCUUUGAGAGAGUGUGUGCGAGCGGCAGGGGAGAGAGUAGAGGUAGUGACUGAGAGCGUGAGGAGGAGUGAGAGAGCUGCGGAGGAAGCAGAGGAGAGGGCGAGAGGAGCAAAGGAGGAGCAGAGGAAGGCAGAGGGGAAAGCGAGUGAGGCGUUGGCAGCAGUGGAUGAGGCAGAAGAGAGGGCGAGAGUUGCUGUGAGGGAGAGGGAGGAGGCGGAGAAGAGAGCAGAGGAGGCGAGGGGGAGGGCUGCAGAGGCUGAGAGGAAGGCUGCUGCUGCUGGAGCAGCGCUAGUGGAAGCCGAGGAACGGAUGAGGGAUAUGGGAAGGAAGGAGGAGGAGACGGAGGAGGAGGAGGGGGAGGGGGAGAUGCGGGGGAAACGGGAGGAGAGAGGGGGAAAAGCGGAAGAGAAGCUGGGACUGAGGAGAUCAUGGAAGGGAGGGGAGGUGGAGGAGGUGGUGGUGGCUUUGGUGUGUGAGAUGCUAGAUGAUGCGAUGUUGAGGGUGAAUAAUGCACAGGAGAAUGAGCAACAGUCUGGGGGAGAGAAGCAGCAGGGGGGUGCUUGUUUGCGUGCGGUGGUGUGUGAGGCCCAGGAUGAACCGCAGGAUGAACCGCAAAACGAGCUCCAGAAUAAUCCGCAGGGUGAACCACGGACUGAACUUCGGAAUGAAACGCAGGAUGAACCAGCGCAGAUUGGACUUCAGAAUGGGGUGCCAGCAGGGAGCGUGUGGCUGAAUAGGCAGGGGGAGGUAGAGGCGAUGGUGGUGGGCCUAGUGGGACAGGUUUUAGAUAGCACAAUGCUGAUUCUGCAGGCUGAGGAUCAGGCUCGGGAACAGGCUCGGGAGCAGGCUCGGGAACAGGUCUGGGAACAGGUUUGGGAACAGGCUUGGAAGCAGGCUCGGUAUCAGUCGCAGGUGCAGCUUUUCAGGGCAGAGGAGAAGGCAACUGAGGCAGCGGAGCAGGUUCGGGGACUGGAGCAGCAGCUGAUCAAAGCAGAGGAGCAGGUUCGGCAGACUGAGGGGGAGAUUGUAGCGCUCAAGGCUGAGCUGGCGAGUAAGGUGGCUGAGCUGGAUGCUAAGGUUGCUGAGCUGGCAAGGGCUGUGGAGGAGAAGGAGAGAGGGAGAGGUGAGGUGGAGGCAAUGAGAAUUGGACUAGAGGACUUGCGGGGGAGGCUGCGAGUGAGGGAGGAGGAGAAGGGCCAUGCGGAGGAGCAUUUAGAAUGGCUUAUGAAGGAGCUGGCAGAAGAGAUGGCGGAGAGAGAGGGUGAGAGAAGGGUAGUGAAUGCGAUAAGAGAGGAGGUUAGGAGAUUGCGAGGGAAGGUGCGGGAAGGUGAAGAGGCAAGGAGGCAGGCGGAGGGGCGUGUGGAGAGGCUUAUGAGAGAAUUGGCUGAAGCAGUGGAGGAGAGGGAGAGGGGGAGAGGGGAGGUGAAUGCGGUACGAGAGGAGGUGAAGGGGUUGAGAGGGAUGUUGAGGGAUGGGGAGGAGGAGAGGAGGCAAUUGGAGGAGCAUGUGGAAUGGUUGAUGAAAGAGUUGGCUGAGGUGGUGGUUGAAAAGGAGAGGGGUGAGAGGGAGAGGCGAGAAGAGGAGGUGGAACGGGGUGAGAAGGAGGAAAAGAAAGCAGAGGCAGAGACAGAUAUAACAGAGGGAGACACUGGGUCAGGGGAAGAGGAUGGGAUCUCAGCACAAGCAGAAGUGGAAAGAGAAGAAGACCGCAUAGUAGAAGCAGGAAACGGGGGAGAGGCAGGCCCAGACGGGGGAGAGGCAGGCCCAGACGGGGGAGAGGCAGGCCCAGACGGGGGAGAGGCAGGCCCAGACGGGGGAGAGGCAGGCCCAGACGGGGGAGAGGCAGGCCCAGACGGGGGAGAGGCAGGCCCAGAAACCGGGGCAGGGGCAGGAGAAGGGAUGGGUGAAGAAGCAACAUUGGAGGCGUGUGUAAAGUGGUGUGUGGAAGUGGGUGAGGAGGCAUGUGAGGAGGGGGGGGAGGAGGCGGGUGAGGAGGUGAUCUCUACCUUGCAAUCUCAAGGCCCCGUUGCAACUCCUGUCAAGAACCAAGGAGAAGAAUCUCCUUUCGUAACUCCCACCGCCUCCCCCACUGCCUCACCCUCUCCCUCUCCCUCCACUCGCCCUCUAUCGCUGCACCUGACCACUUCGCCUGCUUGCCCAGUAAUAAACGCUGGUGAUGUCAUUCCCGCCUGCCCCCUGCCUGAAACAGCCAGUGGCGAUGACAACACCACCACUGCUUCCCCCCUACCUGCAACAUCGUGCAUGGACCAGCCAUGGAAUCCGUUUUUCACUGGCCUACCUGACGCCCCAACUGAUGCCUCGCCUGAUACCCCACUUGCUGCUGCCAUCGACGUGGUUACAGCAGCACCAGCAGCAGCAAGCCUGGGGUUCUCUCCCUACAAUCCUUUCCUGGAUAGUAUCGAGGAGCCCUUACAGCAGGAACACAGUUACAGUACUGAAGAACCCUUAUUGAAACAAGGGCCCAUUCAGCCAGAAGAGAUGACCUUUGAGUGGCCCGAAAAGCCAUUCCUGCCUAGCUUGAAAGAACCCGUGUUUUCAUUCAUCCCAGUUUGGGAACCCAAUGGUGAUCCAGAGGACUUGGUUCAGGAAGCCUUACAGGGAAGCGAGGGCAGUACUGAGAUGCCCAAGCAGUCUCUGACCGCUGACCGUGACCAUGGCAGCAGGUGCAUUCCUCGUUCCAACAGCAACCCUUUCCUGUGCUCUUGGGCGGAGCUUGAAGGGGAGGGGGGGGAGACCUGUGGAGAGGAGGGGAUUAGUGCGCAGGAGGAGGGAGGAAGUGGCGAAAAGGGGUUCACUCUUAGCAGCAGUAGUUCCGCUGUCACCACUGUUGGGAGCAAGGCUGGUAGCUCAACGGCAGGAGUGACUGCUGGCACCACUUCUAGUGCCACUGGUGCUAGCACCACUGCUGGCACCACCACUGUUACCACUACUACUGCUAGCUCCACUGCCGGCACCGCAAGUGCUUGCAGCAAGACUGGAGGCUUCGUGCGUCUCCCAAGCUCCCCACGCCUCUCCUCCUCUCGGGCCCCUCCUGCCCUCGCUGCUCGCUCCAUUCUCUCCCACACCAAGCCCCUCCCUCUCUCGCACUUUCCUGCUGCUGCUGACCCGCUGAUUGCGGCAGCUGUGGCAGCCGCUGCUGCCUCUGCUGCCGGUGCUGGUGCCGGUGCCGCUCGUGCUGCUACUUCUGCUGCUGAAUUCGAUGGGAACGAAGAGAUGGCGGCGGCAGCAGCACAGAGAGGAGCACAGACAGCAGCACCAUCAGCACAGGCAGUAGUAGCACAGGCAGAAGCACAGGCAGCAGCACAGGCAGCAGCAGGGGGAUCAGCACAGGAAGCAGAAGUGGUGCUCCCAGCUUCGAUGGUUUCAGCCGCUAAGAUUGCUGGCCUUGGGGGUGCGUUUGUAUCGUCAGGAGGAGUGGGAGCACUGGGAGAAAUGGGUGGAGUAGGAAGGGUGGGUAACGCAGGGAUUUCCCUUGGGGCGUGCUCUGUUUUAAGUGCUGGUAUCGGCGUAAACACCAAUCAGCAAUCACGGGGUCACAUGGGAAUGGGAAAUAUGAGAGGUGCUUAUGUGAGUGGGCAGAUUGAGGAGGUGGUGGAGCUGGUGGAGGAAGAGGAGGGGACUGAGGAGGGUGAGGAAGAGGAGGUCGAGGAGGAAGAGGAGGUCGAGGAGGUAGAGGAGAUAGAGGAGGUAGAUGAGGUGGAGGAGGAGGAGGAGGAGGAAGAGGAGGGAGAGGAAGAGGAAGAGGAGGAGGAAGAGGAAGAGGAGGAAGAAGAGGACGAGGAGGAGGUGGGAGAGGAGGAAGAGGAGGAAGAAAGGGAAUCAAGGGGUGAGGCCACAGAAAAAGGGACCAAGUUUGAAAAUAAAUGCGAUAUGAACACCGGCAGUACCAACAACAGCAGUAGCAGCAGCAGUCGGGGAAGAAUGGCUCCUGGAGCAGUGGCAUCGGCAGCAGCGAUGCUGUCCCGCCUGCGAGGGUCUGUUAAGAUGGGGCAGAGCUUCAGACGCCGCCAGAUCUUGCCAUCCAAACCUAAAGCAGCACUGACAGAGGGAGAAGCAAUUGUUGCAGAAGGAGAAGGGUGGGCAGGAGAAUGGGGUACAGCGGCGGUGGUUUCAGGGAGCAGCAGUGGGGAGGGCAGUGGUGAAAGAGGAGAGGACGUAGAGGCAGCUAACCAGGGGACAGGACACUUGGAUGAGGGUGGUGUGAGCGCUUGGGGGCAAGGCAGCAGUGGUGAGGACGGGGGGGGUAACGGUCACACAAUGUUUGAGCCGUUUAGUGACCUGCAUGCACCACCGGCCUUCCCAGACCACCUGGACUUGAACACAGGGAUGGAGGAGGCUGGCGCUGAAGAUUCCCACAGCAGGCGUCGCAGCAUUGUCAGCAGCCUCCUCAUGCGGAAGAGUGGUGGUGGAGGAGGGGGGGGAGGGCAUGGCACACACCAUGACUUUCGGAAGAGCGGGGAGAUCUACAGUGCACAGCAUGUUAUAAGCAGCUUGGAGUCAGGGGCCAUGGCUGGUGCGGAGGAGUUUAGUGCAUGGAUUGACACGAAGACUGAUGCCGAAGACGGUGCAUGCGAGUUAGGAGAAGCAGGACGAGCAGGGAGAAAGAAGGGAUUCAGCCUGAAGAGUGUUCUUUCGUCGAAGACGUCCAUGAGUUACACGAGCUGA